UGAUGACGCUGGAGGUCACGUGUUAUUGUUUGGGGCAGGAAACUGGUGCCUCCUUGAUGGCUCCGGCAGCAAUUUACCGACACACGUCCCUGUUUGUUUAUGCCUUAUUUCCGUCCAACCUGGCUAUGGGGAGGAAUGCGUGUCUAGUGGUGGGGGAGUUGAACCGACAAUAUGCGUACAAAUGGAGCAAACACAGCCGAGGCGGAUCCAGCUGCUAGCUGGCUAAGUAGCUAGUAGCGGCACAGUAGCUCACCGGCCGGAGCGAGCUAGCAGUAGUUAGCCCGGCUAACUACUGUCCACCCCACGUUGACAGUUCUCACGGCUGUUCCUCUAUUUCGUGGCUUAUUUUGUGGAAGGGCGAGGGACAACAAUGGAGCUGUUCCAAGCCAAAGACGAUUAUAUUCUUCAGAACGGGGACUCUGCUCUUUGGUGUAGCCGAAAAGACGGCACCAUGUCAAUCAGACCUGCAACAGACCUGCUGCUUGCCUGGAAUCCAGUAUGUUUGGGUCUAGUGGAAGGUAUCAUUGGAAAAAUACAGCUUCACACAGAUCUUCCUCUUGGUCUUGUAUUAAUCCGACAGAAAGCACUUGUUGGCCAUUUGCCAGGCAACCACAAAGUCUACAAGAUCAUCAAGAUAGCUGUCAUUCCCCUGUCUGAUGAAGAGCCUCAGGAGCUGGAGCUGGAGUUUUGCAAAAAGCAUCACUUUGGAAUUGACAAAUCAGAGAAACUGGUUCAGUCUCCUGAUGAAUCGAAGUUGAUGAAAACAUUAAGCCAGAUCAAAUCUAAUGUGGCUGUUCCCAUCAAGAAAAAGGUAAAGGAAAACAAAGAGAAGGAACGUCUAGAGAGGAGGCUGCUUGACGAACUGUACAAAAUAUUUGUGGACUCGGACUCCUUCUACUAUAGUCCUACCUAUGACCUGACAAACAGUGUGCAGCGCCAAGGAGACUUGCAUGGAUCAAAUUUGCCCCUCUGGAAACAGGUGGACGACCGUUUCUUCUGGAACAAACACAUGAUUCAAGAUCUCAUAGACCUACAGAUCCCAGAAAUAGACUUUUGGGUGAUACCAAUCAUCCAAGGCUUUGUCCAAGUGGAGGAACUUGUAGUGAAUUACGAUACCUCUGAUGAUGAGCGGAGCAGCCCCGAAACCCCACCACAGGAGGUAACUUGUGUUGAUGACAUUCAUCCCCGCUUCACUGUUGCGCUCAUCUCCAGACGUAGCCGCCAUCGAGCAGGGAUGCGAUACAAACGCAGAGGAGUGGAUACAGAUGGCCAUGUGGCUAAUUAUGUGGAGACAGAGCAGUUGAUCCAUGUACACAGCCACACUCUAUCCUAUGUGCAGACUCGUGGCUCAGUGCCUGUCUUCUGGAGCCAGGCAGGGUACCGCUACAAUCCCCGGCCGCGCUUGGAGAAAGAAGAAAAGGAGACCAUGGUGUACUUUGCCUGUCACUUCGACGAGCAGCUUAAACUUUACAAGAAACAGGUCAUCAUCAACUUAGUUGAUCAAAGUGGACGAGAGAAGUUAAUUGGGGAUGCGUAUCUUAAGCAAGUCCUUCUUUACAACAACCCAAACCUCACCUAUGUUUCAUUUGACUUCCACGAGCACUGUCGAGGGAUGAAAUUUGAAAAUGUUCAAACACUGACUGAUGCCAUCUCUGAUAUCAUCACGGACAUGAAGUGGGCCUGGGUGGACCAAGCUGGAGUCAUCUGCAAGCAGGAGGGAAUCUUUCGAGUUAAUUGCAUGGACUGUCUGGACAGGACCAAUGUAGUCCAGGCUGCUAUUGCUCGGGCAGUGAUGGAACACCAGCUGAAAAAGUUGGGUGUGAUGCCUCCAGAGCAGCCCCUGCCUCUCAAAUGUUACAGGAUCUAUCAGAUAAUGUGGGCCAACAAUGGCGACACCAUCAGCAGACAGUAUGCCGGAACAGCAGCACUUAAGGGAGAUUUUACCAGGACAGGUGAGAGAAAACUGGCUGGCGUGAUGAAGGAUGGUGUGAACUCAGCCAACCGCUACUAUCUGAACCGCUUCAGGGAUGCUUACAGACAAUCAGUAAUUGACCUCAUGAUGGGCCUGCCUGUGACAGAGGACCUCUACUCCAUUUUCAGCAAGGAGAAGGAGCAUGAAGAGAAAGAAAAGGAAAGCCAAAGAGGUGCUCAAGAGCAAGUCAGUCUCCUGUUGCAGACAUACAUGCAGCUUCUCCUGCCAGACGAUGAGAAGUUUCAUGGUGGUUGGGCUCUCAUCAACUGUGACAUGAGCCUGAUUGAUGCCUCGAACAAAGAUGUAGAUGUACUGCUGCUUCUGUCCGACAAAGCCUAUUACAUUGCUUUCUAUGAUGAAGAAACCGAUAAAGUCAACCAGUACCAGCGCCUCAAUUUGGAUGGCUUGGACAAGAUUGAAAUUGGUCCAGAGCCGACGCUGUUUGGCAAGCCAAAGUUCUGUUGUAUGCGUCUGCAUUACAGGAGUGAAGAGACAAGCGGAUAUUUUCACACGCUUCGUGCAGCCACACGAAAUCCUGAGGAUGACGGCAAGGAUACACUGCAAUGCAUUGCUGAGAUGCUUCGAAUUACAAAGCAGGCCAGGGGGCUGGACCUACUGGUGGUUGAAAAGAAGCUGGAGAGGCGUCAGAGCAGACCUCAUGAAGACAUAAUGGGAAUUCAGAACAAAAACUGUGAGCAGGUGCAGGGCAGCUCUGGGCUUGCUCAAGGUAAAAGUUUCCUUCUCAACAAAUUCUCCUCUCUGAACCAGAAAGUCAAACAGACCAAGACGAGCGUAAACAUUGGCCCCUUCAGGCCCCUCGGAAAGCUCGGAAACUUUGCUAAGCCUGAUGUGAAGGUCAAUUUCCUGAAGCCGACCAUGCACGUCAACCUGUGGAAGUCGGACAGCAGCUUAGAGACAUCUGAUGGCAACAAUCCCAGCACUUUUAAAGAUAUCACUGAUGCAAAUUUUGAUCUCUCUGAUGACUCUGACUCCUAUAAUUCUGACCCAGAGCAUCCGUGCAUUGGCUCCUUUGAAAAUGUGGACUAUGUGCUGCCCAGCUGUGGCAUCGUAGCAUCAAACACUCGACUGGGCAGUCGCUCCCAGUCCAUCGGUAGCAUGGAGCUAAAUAUCCCCUCUGUUAUCCGCGUCAGUGACUGUGAAGACAAGUCCCCAGGUUCCGCCUCAAUAGCAGAAGAAGCCAUUCUGAUUGACUUUGGUACUCCCAUCGAUGCCUACUGCCAACAGUUUGUCCAGGAUGCACAGACCAAACCCGUCAAGGUGUUUGGAGAGCAGCCGUCUGCAUCUGCCCAUCCAAUUAAGCCCCCAGUGCCUGUGCAGGAUACAAGCUCAGCGGACCCCAAGCAGCCAAGCACAAAGCAGGAGGAGCCGCUUCCCCCCAGGCCAUCCGAGCUGGACGUCCAAUCCACUACCUCUGCUUCCAACCUCCUUACCGUUCAGAGGUCCAGUUCUGCCAUCUCAGUAGGCUCUCAGAAAAGCCUGGGGUCGCAGAUGGAGGGCAGCCUCGGCCCUUCGCCUGCUGACAGCAACGGCAGCCGGGUGGUGUCACCUUUUGCCAAGAUCAAGAGCUCCAUGGUCCAGGUUGCCAGCCUCACCCAGGCGGGGCUCACUCAGGGCAUCAACUUUGCUGUGGCCAAAGUUCAAAAGAGCCCAGAGCCAGAAACAGUCAGCGAGGUCCAGGAGAGUGAUUUAAAGGCAAUGUUUACACAGUGUCAGACGAGGAUCAUUCAGAUCUAGCACUUCUCUUUUAGCAGGAGAAACUAGCUCUGUGCUAGCAGUAGCAAUGGCUCGGACUGAACCUCACUCCUUAGCCAACACAUGUGGCCUCAGUUUUGCCCUUCAUGUCGGCGUUGACUCUGGAAGUGUACACCAUUCUAAUGUGACAGUGAAUGUUUACAUGCACAAAUGUACUUUUUUUUUUAGUUUUUAUCCAUCCGUUUUCUACCGCUUGUCCCUUUCAGGGUCGCGGGGGGUGGGGAGGCUGGAGUUUGAGACUACAAAAUCAGGCACUGUCAAUUUUAUAUAUCAGUCCAUAUAUUUUCUAGGGAUGUUUUGACUUUUGAAACCACUCCUGACAUAAGUCUUACUGAGCUAAUUAAGUUAAAAUAUGUGCAUCAAAAUUAUUUACUUUAAUGGUUAACUGAAUAAAAAUCCAAAUUGACAAGAAUGAAUAAAGCUAUUAAGUUUGAAUGAUGUGCAUGUAAACACAACACUGUCCUUUGUUGUCCACAAAGCUCGCAUGAAAGGUUGACGCUAAAACGACCGACUUUGACAGGGCAUUAUUAGCUACAUGAUGGCAGAGCAGCUCUGGAUUACUUAACAUACUUUAGUUGCCCGGUAUGUGCAGGCCACCUAUUGGUAUUUGUGAUACAGACCUCGUAAUAAACUUGACCAAAUAAUAA